ACAACCUACAAUGAAACAACAUAAUAUUAUUUAAUCAUUAAUAUUUUACACAAAUAAUCUUAAUAAAAAUACAAAACAACAUAGUUUUUGUAGAUAAUUAAUUAUGCAAAAUGUGGAUGAGACUGCUUACGUGAUAAUGUGCUGGACUUUCAAUAAAAAAUAAAAGAAUAAAAUUGGAUAAAAAAGAAAAGAUGUAGUAUAAAACAAAUGAGGUAACGAUGCAUAAAAAUAAAUAGGACAACAGGAAAUGAGAAGUAAUAAAUCACAGAAAGUAGAUGGGUAAAGAAAACAAGGAAAGAAAAGGGGAUGAGAUAUAGAAAUGAAUUAAAACAAUGGAAUGAAAAUCAGUGAGUGAGAGAUAAGGAGAGGUAAGUUGAGGAAAGAAAUUAAUAAGAAAGUCAGGAAGAGACAACCAGUAAAAUAGUGAAGAUAAAAAAAGGAGAAUUCGAAAAGAGGAAGAGAAAGGAAAGAAGUUAAUAAGAAUAUGAAAAGAAAAAAAGAGGAGCUUAGUAAAUAUACAUCUGACUUUGACCAAAUACGAUUAAAUUAGUUUUGAACUUAUAACAGUUCAAGGUCUCAUGUCCCAUUUCAUGAAGUCACGGUUCACUGCACAUACAAACAUACUAAUCUAUGCUGGUCACAUGACUAAACCUGGAAAAACCCACUGCUAUUGUCGAAGACACUUUACACGUACUGCACCUCUGGUUAUAAAGCAAGUAUUUUAAGGAUUAGUUCAAGAUGGCUACCAGUGAGCUAAAUCAGUUUUUGGAAAAUGUUGAUGAGAAUGUCCUUGAGUGCACCAUAUGCUUCAAGAGACUUCAAGAUCCUAAAUCUCUCAACUGCCUUCAUAGUUUCUGUUCGACAUGUCUGGAAGAUUGGGUUAAGGAGAAGGGUAAGCUGACUUGUCCAACCUGUUCAAAAUCAUAUCCCAUUCCAGAGGGCGGGCUUCGGAAGCUUCCACCAAAUACCUUUUUAAAUAACUUAUUAGAAACUAUUAAACAAUUUUCUAAAAAAGAUCAGAUAAAAUGUGUUUGUAAAAAAGGACAGCCAGAAUAUUACUGCCAAGAUUGCAAACAGUACUUGUGCUCUACUUGUAGUGACCUUCAUAAAGAUUUUCGACUCUUUGCCAACCACAAGCUACAUUCAGUGGAGGAUGUGCGAUCAAUGACCCCUUCACAGAUGACUUUACUACAUCCGCCGAAGUGUUUGCUUCACAGCAAACCUUUGGAAUUUUACUGCACAGAUUGUAAAACUCCAAUAUGCAUGCAUUGUACAAUUACUGACCACAAGGAGUUGGAAGGAAAUCACAAAAUAAUCAGCAUUUCUAAAGCUUUUCAAGCAUUUAAAGAAACUUCAGCAGAAUUGGAGAAAGCUGCCAAUGAAUGCAAAAGCAAAUUACAAGAUGGCCUCAAAGCAGUUACUCAGAAUGCUAAACAAUUAAAUCAAAAUAAAGAUACAACUUUGAGAGACGUUGACAAUCAUGUACAACUGAUGAUAAGAAAAAUCAAGGAGAAUGGAGCCAAAAUUAAAAAAGAAGUACAGGCAAUAUACAAAAACAAAAAGAAGGUACAAGAUGUCCAAAUGGAUGAACUGAAAACAACAAUAUCUGAUAUAAAUACAAAACUCAGUUUUCUUAAUCAGCUUUUGCAGAGUGAUAAAGCAACAGCAAUGCAGUCAAGUGAAAGAGUAAUUACAGCACUGAAGGACAGAAUCAAUGAAUUGCCAAAAACAAAGCCGGCUGAUAAUGGACAAAUUAAAUUUGUUAUCAAUGAGAAUCAGCUCGAUUCAUUGCAACAAUGUGAUAUUGGGUACGUAUCACAGGGAGCAGCAGAUUGCCUAACACUGAAGGGAGUGGAAUAUGCAUUACAAGGUCAGACAAUUGUUGUCAAAAUAAUAAAAACAGAUGAAUGUGAAAUACAUGCAAAUCAACUGAAGGCAACUUGGACACAGCCUACAGGAGAAAUCAACAUCACUCAAGUUCAGGAAGACGACAAUGGAGAUUAUUUUGUGACAGGAAAAUGCACUAGUACAGGUAUUUGUAAAUUAGAUGUGAGCGCCAGCAGCGAACCAAUCAAGCAGUCACCAAUGAUAAUGAAAGUAGAGAAGGAAGGAUUAGUAGAUACCAUUAAAAUAACAAACAAUGUUAAUAAUGAAGUUUACGAUGUAGUUAAGUGUGAAGAUGAUUGCUUACUGGUUUCAUGUAGGACAAAUGAAAUGCUCAAGUACAAGCAAUCAGGAGAAUAUAUUGGUAAGGUUACGCUACCACAAGGUGUGAAAGUUAACAGAAUGUACAAAAUGAAGAAUGGUAACAUAGCAUUCAGUGAUUACAAUCUUAAUGAACCUAUCAGAAUAUGCAAUAUGAAUGGUCAGCUGAUUAAAACAAUUAGUGAGGGAGCAAAGAAUACACAACGGAGCAUUCAUGUGGAUGAGACAUCAAAUGUUUUGUAUGCAGCAGGAGGUUGGUACAGUAGCUGUGUGUACAUGUUUGACAUGAAUAAUGGCAAGACCAUCAAAACAAUAGGGUCAUAUGGUAGAAAAGAAGGUCAAAUGAGUUAUGUCAGUGAUCUUACUCUUACUAACCAAGGACACCUUCUUGUAUUGGAGUAUGACAACAGCAGAUUACAAUUAUUUAAUAAUGAGGGAAGGUUUAUAAAAGUCCUUGUUGAAGCAGGUAAUGGGGAUGGUAAGGUAACAUCUCCAAGUGCAGUAGUAGUUGAUGAGGAUGACAACAUCAUUAUAUCAAGUCAACGCAAACUACAGCUAUUCAGUAGUGAUGGAAAUUUCAUAAAAAGAAUUGAUAAACCAGAAGAUGGAAUCAACAAUCCAUGGGGAUUAUCCAUCAUUUCAUAUCAUCCAAGGAGACUUGCAGUAGCAAAUAAUGGUGACAAAACAGUAAAAAUAUUCAAUUAUUAAA